AUUUGAAUGUUUACGUGGCACUUGGACGGAAAUAGUAGUUAACGAAUGAUGACGAGGCGAGUGGCGUCACUGGACCAAAUGAUGAGACCCCUGACGUCGUCGUUUUACCCACAAACUCAAAGAACAAAACUCAAAGCCACCACACAACCAUUCAUCCUUCCCCCACCCCCAUACCGCCGUCGCGCCCCGCCGUGGCUCGGAUCGGCCCGGCGAGUUUCACACGGUCUACUCGUACAUACAUACAAACAUAAAGCUAUUAUAUUGAUAUAUAUACACACACACACAUAUAGAUCUAAUCAUAGGUGUAAAGACAUAAGGGGCGGUGAUGAGAGGGAGCUUGCUGGGGCGUCGGACGGCGACGAGACUGCGGCAGGUGGCGAUCUCUGCCGUUGGAUCUGCCAAGAUCAAGUUGUUGCUGUGUUGCUGCGUGUUGUUCGCUUUUUUUGCCACCCGUACGGCGCCGUUUAUGGGAUGGACGGAUCACGCUGCUUCUCUUAAUUCGUUCUCUGGUUCGAGAUUAUAUUACAGGAGGGGAUAUGCUCUUUUGAUAAACACGUGGAAGAGAAAUGAUCUAUUGAAGCAAUCAAUUUCUCACUAUACAUCAUGUCGUGGGCUUGAUUCAAUACGCAUUGUGUGGAGUGAACCGAAUCCUCCAUCAGAUAACCUUGUUAAAUUUUUAACCCAAGUUGUUCAGUCAAAUUCUAGAGAUGGCCGACAGAUUGAGUUGAAAUUUGACAUCCAUGAAGAAGACAGUCUGAACAACAGGUUCAAAGAACUUAAGGAUUUGAAGACAGAUGCUGUCUUGUCCAUCGAUGAUGACAUCAUAUUCCCUUGCUCUACAGUGGAAUUUGCUUUCAGUGUUUGGCGAACUGCACCAAAUGCAAUGGUGGGAUGGGUACCGCGUAUGCAUUGGAUUGAAAAACUGGAUACUUUCAUGCAGAAUGGCAAUGCUGGUCGUUAUAUAUAUGGAGGAUGGUGGUCUGUUUGGUGGACGGGUACAUUCAGCAUGGUACUCUCCAAGGCUGCAUUCUUCCACAAAAAGUAUCUCAGUCUGUACACGAAUGAGAUGCCAGCAUCCAUUAGAGAAUAUGUUGCCAAGAAUAGGAACUGUGAAGAUAUUGCCAUGUCUUUCCUUGUUGCAAACGCCACUGGUGCUCCCCCAAUCUGGGUGAAAGGUAAAAUAUUUGAGAUUGGUUCAACUGGAAUUAGUAGCUUGGGAGGACAUAUUGAAAGAAGGUCCGAAUGUGUGAAUAUGUUUGUGGCCGAAUAUGGACGAAUGCCUUUGGUGUCAACUUCCUUGAAAGCAGUGGAUAGCCGCAACAUCUGGUUUUGGUGACUCCGAGAUAUCUCAUACUUUUCUAAUUUUCCACUCGUUUGGAAUUUUCCACUCAUUUAGUUUGAUUAGUUAACUGAUUGUAAUUUGUUCCCAACUUCUGUAAAUAGGUUACCACGUAACUUGUAUUCUUUUUGAGCAGGACCGGUGUUAGUGGUAUAGCUUGGAUUAGUUCCUGUAUCCUUACCACGUAGGUUGUACAGUAAUAUUUAUGGUGAUCUUCUUAUUCAAUGCCGUUGCAGUUGGUCUUA